AUGGAGAAUUUGGCUGAAUUUAUUCACUCGAAGGCUAUAUGGUACCACAUUGUGAGGGCCCAGAUUGGAGUUACCUACAAGUCAACCGUCAAUACACGAACUCAUGCGCUGAGGAUACGAGGGGCCGAUCACCCAGAGGCAGACACCAAAGUUCCUCGCCUGUAUAAAGAUUUAACGACUUGUGGUAAUUCCCUAACGGAACUUCGGAUUUUCACUUUUAUUAUGGAUAACACUGGGCUCAAGGGUAUGCUAUGGCAGCUCUGUGUCGAAUGCACUGUGUCCCUCGUUUGGAGCGGCUACACCUCGAAAAUCACUGGCAUUCUUGGUCACGACCAGACACAUUAA